CUGUCCCAAGAAAAACAUGGAAGCCCAAGAAAUGGCCAUUUGCCGUUCUGUUUAUCCCACACUUCUUCGUCGUCCUCUCCAGCAUCAGGUUCUCUAUACAUCCACCCGUCGCUUCCCAAACUACCCUUCUAAGUUCUCUAAAUCUACUAAGCUGCCACUCCUUCAUCGAAGCCCGAGACCUCGCUGUACAUCAUCAAUGGAAUCACUUUCUGAAGGUUACAGAAAAAAUGUUGGCAUUUGCCUGAUCAAUCCAUCAAAGAAGAUUUUUGCUGCUUCAAGGUUGGAUUUACCUGAUGCUUGGCAAAUGCCACAGGGUGGUAUUGAUGAGAGUGAAGAUCCGAAAGUUGCAGCUAUCAGGGAACUAAAAGAAGAAACAGGGGUUAGCUCGGCGGAAGUCCUUGCUGAGACGCCUUCUUGGUUGACAUAUGACUUCCCACCAGAAGUCAGGGAAAAACUUAAACAUCAAUGGGGAUCUGACUGGAAAGGUCAAGCACAGAAGUGGUUUCUCCUUAAAUUCACUGGGAAUGAGGAAGAGAUCAAUCUAUUGGGUGAUGGCACAGAAAAACCUGAGUUUGGCGAGUGGUCAUGGAUGUCACCAGAACAAAUAAUUGACAGGGUGGUGGAUUUCAAGAAACCUGUAUACAAGGAAGUUUUGGCAGUUUUUGCUCCCUAUUUCCAAUGAAUUCAUGUUCAAGUAUCAACUUUUGCUUAUCAUAUACAUGGUGUCCCACUUGACUAAAUGAGCUAGCAUUAUUUGAAUUAUUCCUCUUGGAUGCAUAUCCAAUUCGGUGCUGAUCGAUACUCCUUGUGAUUAAUUGGAAAAUAAAAGCUGGCAUUGAUUUGA